AAGGGGGAACUGACCUUUAGGGAUUUGGCCAUACUAGACUAAAUCCAAGGAUGCUCCUCAAUCAAAGGGGCACAGAAAGCGAUUCAAUUGGCUGCCCACUGUCUUGGCCAUGAUCCUAAAGCCAAACCUUUGAUGAGCGAAGUUGUUGAAGCACUAAAGCCUCUGACAUGGCUUAUUCUUCAUCUCACUUCUAGGGCAUGCAAGCAGAGUGUGUAGGAUCCAUUGCAAAUGCUAGAAUUGGUGGUAGAGUGCAAGGCGGUUUCCCAUCAAGGAAUGUUCGACCAAGCAAGAGCAUAUCUAUGCCAAAUGGGCCACAUGUUUCUCCAUAUCACCAUAACCAGCUUCAUCAGUCACCCAAGCCUGAUUUUGGACAAUUUUCAAGUUAAGCCCAUGCCUAUUUCUUUGCUUUGUCUUAUUUCAUUUUAUGUGUUUCAGCAUGGAAAGUGUGUUAGUGAGCUUUGGAAGUUAAUGCUGAUAAGCUUGAUAUGUUCCUUUUUGAGUUAAAGGGCAUUAAUGGGCUUUGCAC